UUUUACCAAUAUAAGGUAAUGACUCUAGUGUUAUUCGAGAGCUUGAAAGGACGAUAUUCCUGAAAGUCUAUAAGGUCAAUCAUAAAAAUAUGCGUUUUUUUACUGUACUAGGACUCCCAAUAUUGGGUAUUUUGGUUACUAUUCAACCAUCCAUAGCUGCCACGUGUACAGUCUCCAAAUACGAUGAAGAUAACAUUAAAAACAUAGUAAGUGAAUGUAAAGACAUCACACUAGAUAACUUGGACGUACCAGCUGGGGUUACUUUAAACUUGAAUUUAAAUCCAGGCACAAAACUUACCUUCCAAGGUACAAUAACAUGGGGUUAUCAAGAAUGGAACGGACCGCUACUUAAUAUAACUGGUGAACAGUUAGAAAUCACUGGUGCCCCAGACCAUGUGAUAGAUCCAAAAGGAAACAUUUGGUGGGAUGGUAAAGGAGAACAUGGUGGCACAGUAAAGCCAGUAUUUUUCGUUUUACACGGGCUGAAAGACUCCGUAAUCCACGAUUUAAAAAUAAAAAAUACUCCGUAUCAUGCCAUUUGGAUCGAACAUAGUGAUGGUGUUAUCGCGUCUGAUGUUUACAUUGACAGUAAAGACGGUGACACCAUGGGAGGACAUAACACAGAUGGAUUCAACGUAUGGACUUCUAAUAAUGUUACACUCGAACGUAUCACAGUUUUUAAUCAGGAUGACUGCAUUGCCAUCAAAUCUGGCACCAACGUUCUAGUUAGGGACGUCUACUGUUACGGUGGACAUGGCCUGUCAAUCGGUUCUGUUGGCGGUAGAGAUUAUAACAUUGUGGAGAAUGUUCUAGUAUCCAAUGUUGAGAUAGAAAAUUCAGAUAAUGGGGUGAGGAUUAAAACCGUAUACGGGGCUACUGGAUCAGUAACCAAUGUUACCUACGAAGACAUAUUUUUAGUGGGAAUAAAUAAUUAUGGUAUCAUUAUUGAAGGUGAUUAUAAUAUCGAUACUGGUAGUCCUACUGGCGUGGCUACUGACGGUGUUCCUAUUAAAGAUUUUACAUUGAGAAAUGUUACUGGCACUGUUAAAGAGUCAGGUGUUAAUAUCUACGUAUUAGUAAAGAGCGCUUCCGACUGGCACUGGUCUGAUAUUGACGUGACUGGUGGAGAACAGACCAAAGAAUGCGAGGGUAUUCCUGAAGACAGUGGAAUAUCUUGUGAAUAACCGAUUACACUAUAUCAUGUUUUAUAAAUAAUUUGUCCAUGGAUAAAUGUAAAUAAAUGGUGUUUUGUUUCUUCAUGAUCAUA